AUUUUUUGAACUUCUCUAACACAGUUCGAAUGGGGAUGCAAAGAAGCAAUUGUGAAACUUAACUAAUUUAAGCAUGGAACCUUUUUUAACCCUUAUCAGUAAUCAUGGCAUCUUUUCAAUUUUCAAGGAAAAAUGAUAACAUAAAAUAAUAAAAACUAAUCCUUUUUGGUUCACUUUACUAAAAGACAAAAAAAGAACCCUCCUUUACCAAGUUCCUUAAAAUGGUUUGAAAAGUUCGAGAAUCAAAAUCAAAUUUUGAACAAAAUGUGGGUUAAGGUUGUUCUUCUCCUUGCAACAAUUUCCUUUUCCUUUUUUAACUCAGCAGUUUCUCUUAAUCGUAGCAGUUUUCCAUCUGAUUUCCUAUUUGGAACAGCUUCUUCAGCUUACCAGUAUGAAGGUGCAGCACAUGAAGGUGGAAAAGGACCAAGCAUAUGGGAUACCUUUACUCAUAGCCACCCAGAUAGAAUAGUUGGCCGCAGUAAUGGGGAUAUUGCCAUUGAUUCAUAUCACCGCUACAAGGAAGAUGUGGCCAUAAUGAAGGAUAUUGGAUUUAACGCCUAUAGAUUUUCCAUCUCUUGGUCCAGACUACUUCCUCGUGGAAACCUCGAGGGAGGAAUUAACCAAGAAGGCGUCAUAUAUUACAACAAUCUUAUAAAUGAACUCAUAUCAAGUGGACAAACGCCAUUCAUAACUCUAUUUCACUCUGAUCUCCCUCAAGCUCUUCAAGAUGAAUAUGGUGGUUUUUUGAGUCCCAAAAUCGAACAAGAUUUUGCAGAUUAUGCAGAAGUAUGCUUUCGAGAAUUUGGCGAUAGAGUUAAGCAUUGGAUUACAUUAAAUGAGCCAUUGCUUUAUAGCACUCAAGGUUAUGGAAGUGGAUCAUCUCCGCCUAUGAGGUGCUCUAAGUGGGUAGCUAACUGCAAUGCCGGUGAUUCUAGUACUGAGCCCUAUGUGGUUACACAUCACCUGAUUCUCUCUCAUGCUGCAGCAGUAAAAGUCUACCGAGAGAAGUUCCAGAAUACUCAAAAGGGUCAAAUUGGGGUAACACUAAAUUCUGCAUGGCUGGUGCCACUAUCCCAAUCGAAAGAGGACAGAGAAGCAACGUCUCGGGGUCUUGCUUUUAUGUACGAUUGGUUCAUGGAACCGCUGCACUCGGGUACAUAUCCUGCUGUGAUAGUUAACAAAGUCAAGGAACGUUUGCCAAGGUUUUCGAGAAGUCAAUCAUUAAUGGUCAAAGGAUCCUAUGAUUUCGUAGGUUUAAACUAUUACACUUCAACUUAUGCAGCCGAUAUUCCUUGCUCGCGCGGAAAGCCAACAGUUUUUUCAGACAAUUGUGUUAGGUUAACUACUCUAAGAAAUGGAGUUCUCAUUGGUCCAAAGGCUGCCUCAGAUUGGCUCUACAUCUAUCCACCAGGAAUUCAAGGACUACUAGAAUACACCAAGGAGAAAUUUAAUAAUCCAAUCAUUUACAUAACAGAAAAUGGAGUUGAUGAGGUUGAUGAUGGCAAAAGGUCACUUGAUGACAAAUUUAGGAUAGACUAUAUUAGUCACCACCUAUUGUAUCUUCAACGGGCCAUAACGAAUGGUGUGAGGGUGAAGGGAUACUUUGCAUGGUCAUUGUUGGACAAUUUUGAAUGGAAUGCUGGCUACACGCUCCGGUUUGGACUUGUGUAUGUGGAUUACAAGAACGGACUCCGAAGAUACCGUAAAAGGUCUGCAUUGUGGUUCAAAUUAUUUCUCCGCAAAUGAAACGGUCCUUAGUAUUCGUUGAAAAGAGAUUGGAUUUGUAACAGUGUAUCCUUCUAAAUCCUAGUCACAGCUUUAGGCUAUUGUAAGUACUUAUCAGAACUAAUUCGAUGAUUUCUGGUAACUGACGAAGGACUAAAUCCUAGUCACAGCUUUAUGCCACUGUGUUAACUUGUUUAGUUUCUUGGUUGUAUUUCGUAUUUGCGACAAGAUAUUAUUGGAAGAGAUGCUUUAUUUAUUAGCAUAAAAAAAUGCAGUAAUAGUGGCAACAUGAUCUAACUCAACUGGUUGGUCCCUUAAGUAUGUUGUUUGGGGUUCGAUUCUGGUGGUGUGUAUGGUAAAAUGUCUUGAAGGAAGAGGCAAGUUUCACUUAUCUCUAUACUUUGAGGAGGAUUUGUCUUUGGCUAUUAGCUUUUCUUAUAGGAAUAUUUGGGGGGUAUUGAACUUGAAAUACAAGUAAUACAUUGGAGAUGAACUUUUCCCAAAAUAUAUUUUGAUUUAUCUCAAA